GGCUCGGCGGAGGGAAGGGAGGGGAUGUGAGAGGACCUAGCCCGUCCGGGCUCGGUUCUGCUUCUGUGCGGCUCUCCCCGCGGGGCUUCCGAUCGCCCGCCGGGACCCCCCGCAUCCCUCCCCAGCGGGGGCGGGGGGCUCUCCCUCGCCAUGGCCUUCACCUUCGCCGCCUUUUGUUACAUGCUGUCACUGGUCCUCUGCGCCGCCCUCAUCUUCUUCGCCAUCUGGCAUAUAAUUGCCUUUGAUGAACUUCGGACAGACUUCAAAAGCCCGAUAGAUCAGUGUAACCCCGUCCACGCAAGAGAGCGGCUGAGAAAUAUUGAGCGUAUUUGCUUCCUCCUGCGCAAGCUGGUGUUGCCAGAGUACUCUAUCCAUAGUCUUUUCUGCAUAAUGUUUUUGUGCGCUCAAGAGUGGCUCACUCUGGGGUUAAAUGUCCCUUUGCUUUUUUAUCACUUCUGGAGGUAUUUCCGUUGCCCAGCAGAUAGUUCAGAGCUAGCAUAUGAUCCACCUGCAGUCAUGAAUGCAGAUACCUUGAGUUACUGUCAGAAAGAGGCCUGGUGUAAGCUAGCUUUCUAUCUCCUUUCCUUCUUCUACUAUCUGUACUGCAUGAUCUACACUUUGGUGAGCUCUUAACUGAAAGAUCAUCAUUAAAGACUGAAAACAACAAAGGCUGGAGGUGUAAGGAUGGGUGAGCCAAGUGAUACGUGAUUAAAAAAAGAAGUAAAGAGAUGAAAACUUUGAACCCAAGAAGUAAGUAGAGUACGUGAAAAAGAGACCCAGCAAGAAGCAGCAGAAUACCGUUGGAGAAAGGCUGAGUAAACUGUUUAUCUCCUUUUUCUCAGCCUGGUGCAGUAAAUUACUUUCAAAACCCAAAUAAAGCAAAAAAAAAAUGCAACAAGGUGGGCCAAGUUACAGAACUAUUAACUUCUUGAGGGAUAAUACUGCUUGGUUAAGUGGACUCAUUAUAAACUGUAGCCCGUACUGUCUUCCAGGGAGCAAAGCUUCUUUUCUUAAUGACAGUUCUGGACUGAGGAAGCAGAGGGCAAGAUCGUCUUACAGAUAUACAAUACAGUCUGGAUGAGCACCAGCUGGAGUUCAGAUAAAACAUGGGACUGUUCUGCAGGGAUAUUCACAUGACACUAAUCAAACAGGGAUGUUGGAUCUUGUAGAAUUGCUUUGGUGAUUUUUCCCCACCCAUAACAACAAUAACAAAAUAAUUUGCAGUUGCUGUUUUCUAAUGACAUGUAGGUGAACAGCCAGUAUGUUUCUGUACUUCAUUUGUGAUGCACCGGUAACAUACAGUGAUAUGUAUAAAUACUUCAGGCUCUUCCUAAUCGUGCCAAGCACUUAUCAGAACAAUGUUCCUCUGACUGCAAAAAAGAGAUAAAACCUACAUGUAUUAAGGUGGAUUGUAACAGAGGUGUUAUAUUCAUCACAAUGCUGGAUAACAAAAUACUGGACCAGCUAAUGGUGGUCUGUAAUUCUGUUUUGCAGCUUUAUUUCUGCUGUCAAAUUUGAGCUGAAAUGAAUGCACAAAAUGUUUUUGUCUUGUAUGAGGUUCGUAUUGAAAGUAGUUCAGGUUUUUUAUAAUUUAAACAUUUUUAAAUUUUAUCAUACAAUUCACAUUUAAAUUCAUCUAUAUGGGCUGUGUAUAUAUAUAUAUAUAUAUAUGAAUAUACAAAUACAAAUGUACAUAAACACUCACAAUCUAGUUAUAUUUUAGCUUAAUCUGUUUGAUUGACAGGUCAAAGGCAUCAAGUGUCCAGAACUGCUGCUAAAUACAUUUCAGCGCUGAACCUAGUGGAGCAGGGCUGGUUCCCUCAAAGUCACUAAGGUAUUUGCGUGUGGUCACUGGUGCUCUGGGGUGGUAGACAAGCCUGUAAGAUCAAGACUAACACUAGUCCAUGCACAGAGGCCCCUUGGGUCUUGCAUUGUGAAUGAGCUAGGAGGAGAUCUUGCUACUGGGUCUUGUUAGCAGUAGCUCAUUGCUGACCCUGCCAGAUUUGGUCUAGCUUUUGGGGGCCAAGAGAUUCUUCCUUUACCAAACUCAGAGGCUUUUUUUAGUCUGGGCACAGGACUUGAUGUGAUACCACAUUCAGCGCUGGCUCUCUGCCAACAUACUUGUUUUAGAGCACAGUGCAGAAGCAAUGGCUGAAUUGGAGACAUCUCAUGUCUGGCAAUGUCCAGUUGGAGCCGAGGUGACUUCAUGUGUCCAAUCUGGCAUGGGCUGGACUGCCAGCAGGUCAACUGCUUGCCUGCAUGGCUGAGCAGAAGCUCUGUGAGGUUUUUGUAACUGGCAUUACACCUAAUUCUUGACUUUACACAAAUGGCGCUUAUAUAUGUAGAUCUUCUGAAUGUAGCAUCAGGUGACUUCAAGGAAAUAAUACUUGAAUGGAUGUGCCAGGUCACUUGAAACAUGCUCUUUGUUUCAGACCAGUUCAUCACUAUACUUAUCAAAUUCCACUUGAAGGCAGAACAGUUUGUUUGAUCCCACUACUGCUAUAAGCAAGUGUUUCUGGGAUCUCACUGCUCUGGUGCUAGAAAGUUUUUCU